AACUGAUUUCUGCGUGACACACCAGCCCACAUCUCGCUCUGAUCCGCACACCCCCUGGGUUGUUUUGCAGUAGCGGUCUCAGCCCUUUUCUCGUCUCAUUCCCAAAUCGUAAUGUCAGUUCACAGCUUUUUAUCUAUAAUAGCUUUAUCAACUCUUUUUCCGAUGGUCUGCACCAGAUCUCUUAAAAUAUAAAAUUACCUUGCAAGGUAUUGUUUGGAAUACACGGUAUUUUCGUGAAGACAACUAUUAACAGAAAAACCAGAGUCCAGAACUAUGGCUCUCCAUUUCUGGUAUACUGGUUUGCAGAAGGCUUGUAUUAAAAUUUCAUAAAUGAUUGUUUUGCUGUUAAGUGCAACAACAUCACAGUAGAGCUACAUAAAGAUUGAAAGGAGAUAUUUUAUCAAGUGGCACCAGAAUGGACUGAUUAAAAUAGAAUGGCCUAAUUUGAAAGAAUUUCAGGAUCACCGGUUUCUCCUGCUUCAUGUUUACUCAAACUCCUAGUAGUAAAGUGGUAAAUUCAGCAUAUAUGAUUUACAUUAUACCUGCUAAGAGAUUCCCAGUUGGAAUGCAAGGGGCUGCUGUACCAGGCGAUGGGGGACAGGCCUUCAGUAUUUGGCAUCACCUUUACAUGGAGCACAAAGAUGAUGAUGAUGAUGAUGUGUCUUUUGCCAAAUGGAUGAGCAGCUUCUGGGGCCACAGCUGGAGAGAGGAGGAUCAGAGAGGACUCCGGGAACGCCACCGACCCCAAGUCACCAGUCACAGGAAAACCUCCCUGCCCUGCCCACUUCCUGUGCUUCCCAGAAUUCCAUCAUCUGACCGCCAUCCUAGAAGGCAUUCUCAUGAGGACCAGGAAUUCCGAUGCCGAUCAUCUGACCGUCUUCCUAGAAGGCAUUCUCAUGAGGACGAAGAAUUUCGAUGCCGUAGCCACGUGCGUGAUUACAGAAAAUACUCAGAGGAUGGGUCAUUCAAGGAGCCACUGGAAUCAAAAGGAAGAUCCCAUUCCAAAAUUGAGAAAUUUUCAGAGUCCUUUGAACAGCAACUGUGCUUUAGAACCAAACGUUCUGCCUCUUUGGGACCUCAAAGCAGAAAGGAGAGAAAUGAAAGAGAAUGCCUGAGGAUGGAGAUAAAAUCCCGAAAGAAAGUAGAGGAAGAAAGGAGCUCUAGGAAAGAAGAACAUGGAGAAGCACACAUGGCUCCCCUGUUUGAAAAAGGGCCUGAAUAAUACUCUGCUUCCGCCUCAUGACAUCAGAUGCUACUGUUUUGGUUUUUUUCUUUGAGCCCUAAUUCACCAUUUCAGGAUGUGGAUGGGGGCGGGGCUGGGGGUAAAAACAGCUAUAAAAAGCAACUGCAGAUGCUGAGUGACUGCAGUGGGCAGGGUAUGUAGCUGCUCCAAGAUGACUUGCAUCAUACCCCAAUUACUGCUGGCAUCUUAGUUGAGAGUAUAAUCUGCUUGGUUGCCUUUUUAUGGGAAUAAAGAGAAUAAAAGGUAUUUUAAUAGAAUAAAGAAAAAUUUGAAAAUGUAAUGGAAGGUAUUUAAAGAGCCACCCACAUAGCUUCACCAACCCUUCUUACACAUCAACUCAUAAAUCAUCUUAAAUAAAAGUCAUUGGUAUGA